AUGGCCACAGAGAAGCGUCCGAACUUUCUCGUCAUCGUCGCGGAUGACCUCGGAUACAGCGACAUUGGGUGCUAUGGAAGCGAGAUUCGCACUCCGAACCUUGAUAAGCUUGCCUCCGCGGGUGUACGCUUCACGGACUUCCAUGCCGCGGCUGCGUGCUCCCCGACGCGCGCGAUGUUGAUGACCGGGACUGAUCACCACAUCGCGGGACUGGGGAACCUGAUCGAGUGGACGAACAUCUCGGGGCAGAACGACCCUGAGGGCGUAUCGACGUCGCAGAAUACGGCACCGCAGCGUGGAAUGCCGGGCUACGAGGGCUACCUCAACGAGCGGGUCGCAACACUGCCCGAGGUGCUGCGCGACGGCGGCUACGAGACGCUGAUGGCGGGCAAGUGGCACCUCGGCCUGACGAAGGAGCGCUCCCCAAAGGCACGCGGCUUCGAGCGCUCGUUUGCGCACCUCCCCGCGUGCUCAAACCACUACGCGUUUGAGCCGCAGCUGGAGGGACAGGACGAGACGCCGGUAUUCAUGGAAGCGAGCUUCAUUGCGCUGCAUAUGGAGGACGGGGAGUAUGUGAGGAAGCUGCCGGAUGGGUGGUACUCGACGAUCGGCUACGGCGAGAAGAUGCUGCAGUAUUUGAAGGAUCGCGUCGAGCGGAAGGAGGAGCGACCUUUCUUCGCGUACUUGCCAUUCACGGCUACGCAUUGGCCGCUCCAGGCUCCGCAAGAAGAUAUCAAGAAGUACCGUGGCGUGUACGACGAUGGUCCCGACGCUCUGCGCCUGAAACGCCUCGAAGGUCUCAAGAAGCAAGGCCUGAUCGAGCCCGACGUCGAGCCGCACCCUGUCAUCGCGCCUGAGGUCAAGGAGUGGUCGGAUAUGACGCCGCAGGAGAAGGCUCUCUCUUCGCGGUCUAUGGAGGUGUUUGCUGGCAUGGUCGACAGGAUCGAUCAGGUCUGCGGCAAGAUCUUCGAUCAUCUGAAGGAGAUUGGCGAGUUUGAAAAUACCUUCAUCUGCUUCAUGAGCGACAAUGGCGCCGAGGGCGCUGCCUAUGAAGCCUACCCCAUUGUCAAGGGCCACAUGAUGGACCAUCUCGCGAAGUACUACAACAACAGCCUCGACAACCUCGGUAACUUCGACUCAUUCAUCUGGUACGGUCCUCGCUGGGCGCAAGCGUCCACCGCGCCCAGCAGACUCUUCAAGGCUUACACCACUGAGGGCGGCAUCCGCGUGCCAAUGGUCGCCAAGUGGCCAACGAGCACGCAGGCCGCCGCGCAGGCUUCGGGUAUCACGCACAACUUUGGCACCGUUAUGGACAUCGCACCUACGCUCAUUGAGAUGGCCGGGCUCAAGCACCCCGCGCCCUCCUACCAAGGCCGCGAAAUCGUGCACAUGCGCGGGAAGAGCAUGCUCCCGUGGGUGAAGGGCGCCGCGAAGGCGACGCACGAGCAGGACUUCAUCAACGGCUGGGAGACGUGCGGGCGCGCGGCGUGCCGCCAGGGCGACUGGAAGAUCGUCUUCAUCCCGAAGCCCAAGGGCCCCGAGCGCUGGCAGCUGUACAACCUGCGCGAGGACCCGGGCGAGAUCCACGACCUCGCGGAGGCGCGGCCCGAGAAGAUGCAGGAGCUGCUGAAGCUGUGGGACCAGUAUGUGCUGGAGACGGGGGUGAUCCCGCUCUGUCCGCAGCUGGGGGAGUAUCUGGAGGCGACGGAGGCGCAGAUGCCGGAGAAUGCGUGGAUGGAGUUUGACUAUUGGAAGCCGGGCGCGCGCGAUGCGCCAGAGGACCCGAAGUUCCGUCACUACCCGCCUCGUUUGACACGUCCACAGCGCGUGGUGAAGCAGAUCUAG